AAAAAAGACAAAAAAUAAUUAUCUGUAAAAAUCGGACGGCUAGGCUUGCCGCCUGCGCGAUUUUUUUAGGGAAUUUCGCGCGUCAGUAAUACAUAAAUUCCAACCUUUGUUUAAUGCAAUAACAAGCAAAAUGGGUGCAUAUUUAUCAGAGCCCGUUACUGAGAAAAUGUCUAGUGAUGAAGUUAACGAAAAACUUGAAUGCGGUUCAAGCUCCAUGCAAGGUUGGCGUGUCAACCAAGAGGAUGCACACAACACUAUCUUGGACUUUGACGAAAGUACGUCACUGUUUGCCGUAUACGAUGGGCACGGUGGCGCGGAGGUUGCUACGUAUUGCUCACAGAAUUUACCCAACUUCCUCAAAAACACCGACGCAUACAAAUCUGGAGAUAUGGUACAAGCAUUGAAGGAUGCCUUCCUAGGGUUUGAUGCUACAAUUGCCACUAAAGAGGUUAUGGACAUAUUGAAAGAAUUAGCAGGUGAAAUAAACCCGCCUGGGCAAAGUGAUAAUGAAGAAUCUGAAGAUGAAAACAUUAGUAACCUCUACAAAGAUGCUAGGCUACCAUUACAGGAAGUGUUGGCCAAAUAUGAAAACAAGUUAACAAAUUUGCACCGAGCCAGGCUUGGUGACACAGCCACCCCUAUGUCCCCUUGUCUGCGUGCCAAGAAAAAUGGUGAAGAGCCAAGUGCUUCAGGUACCGGUGCAUCAAGUUCAAGUUCAGCAGUAGAUGUAGCUGGUUCAAGCUCAGAACAAGUAGAAGAUGAGGCUACAUCAAGCAAGAAUGGAUUGUCUUCAACUGCAGAAGAGAUUAAGACUGAGGAGGACUCUGGUGUUUCCUCCACAAAUCUAAAUGAAGAAGACAAAGAGGUUAAUGGAGAGGUGUCUACUACUGACAACAAUGAUGCAGCAGAGACAACAGUAUCUAUGGAAAUAGACAAAGCAGUGACCACACCAGAUAGUUCUGGUGAAAAUUGUAAUCAGCCUGAACAAAGUGUUGACUCAAAGCCAUCCGAAAAUGGAUCAUCCACUUCUGAUGUAUGCAAUGGGGAGGUGACAGAAUCAAAAAUUGAUGGUGAAAAUAACAUAAGCUCCUCAAAUGGAUCACCUAAAUCUGAAUCCUCUAAAGUAGAGAAAGCGUCAUCAGUCUCCAGUUCAAAAGCGGCACCAGAGAGACCGAAGAAGUCAAUCCUCAGGCGCGCCGCCGCUGCCGUGUACGAGACACUGAGACAAAAUGCAGCCGACGAUGAUGAAGAGAGUGACUCCAAUGAUGAGACAUUUGAGGGUGGAGAAGUCAACUCCUCUGAGGACGAAAAUGUUAAUGGAGUUGAGGAUUCAUCUGAAGAUGGUGAAGCCGAGGAUGAGGAUGAAGAAGAAGAGUAUGAAGCAGAAUCCAGUGAUGAAGAUGGAGAGGAAGACAUCAGCAUGACAGAAGAACCCGGCAAUGAUAGUGGAUGUACUGCUGUUGUAGCAAUGCUCAAAGGCACAGAGCUGUUUGUCGCAAACGCUGGUGAUUCCCGCUGCAUAAUAUGCAGAGAGGGUAAAGCAAUAGACAUGUCGGUAGACCAUAAACCAGAAGACACUGCAGAGCUGGAGAGGAUCACAAAGGCAGGCGGCAAAGUAUCAAAUGAUGGCCGAAUCAAUGGUGGAUUGAAUUUGUCACGAGCUAUCGGGGACCAUUCAUACAAACAAAAUAAAGAACUGACUGCUACAGAGCAAAUGAUUACAGCUCUACCGGAUGUGACAACACUUCAAAUUGAACCUAAGAAAGAUCAGUUUAUGGUUUUGGCUUGUGAUGGCAUUUGGAAUUUCAUGUCUAGUCAAGAUGUUUGCGACUUCAUUCUGCCCCGACUAGCCGAAGGGAGGGAGAGGUUAUCUCAAAUUUGUGAAGAGAUGUUUGACCACUGUUUGGCACCAAGUACUAUGGGCGAUGGUACAGGCUGUGACAACAUGACCGCAAUAAUUGUGCGGUUCAAAGAUGGCGUCAUUGAUGACAUUGGAAAAUAUACAAAUAACAUUGAGGGUACAAAAAAACGUGCAGCAGAGGAAGAACCCAGUGAUGACCUCCAAGAAGUGAAGAGACAAAAGGUCGAUGACCCGUUAUCAAGUUCGGACGUAACCUCCAGUGUUUAGACCUUGACUAUACAUUUUAAACGGAAAGUGUUCAAACUUCAGACUAGUAUUGUAGAAUGGUAGAGACAUUCUAACGAAAAACGCUAUUGUAGUACCAGAUUCAAAAUAAUGGAUUUAGCCCCUAUUCGCAAGAGAGUUUUUUAACGGACGUUAAAAAAGCGGAUAAAUACAACAAAUAUAUUCCCAAGUUCAUAUAUGUUUGCACAACAAUGUUUUUAAAACACAAAUCUUUUUUUUGAAGCAGUGUUCAUCAAUCUCCUAUUAAAAAGUGGAUGCACAAUCAGCGACCAAAAAACGUCCCCACUCAAUGAGUUCCAAACACAACUUCUUGGCACUCAAUUCAAGUAGUCUCAUUUGCAAAUUCAACCUUAAACUCAAUCGUUAAGGUUGAAUUUGCUCUGAAUUAGGGAUUUUAUUAAACUAAUAUACUUAAAGGCCUAGAACUAUAUUUAAAGGCCUUUAGGUCUAAUUUACUUUAUCAGUAAUUGUAAAACUGUCAAAGCAAAAUUUGCCAGAUAAUAAGAGGUCAAAGGCAGUGUUGCAUUUUCAAUUUUGGGCGUUGGAAAUAGACCUUUAUUUGACUUCAUACUUUGAACGCUUUUUCAACGCCCGUUAAAAAAACUCUCGUGCGAAUGAGGGCUUAGAGCAUGCUAUAGUGAGACUUAAUCAUUGUAUGAUGGCAGAAUGUGUCAUCCUAUGCUCCUACCAUUGGUAGGUUUGGAAGGUACAGUACAAUGUAAACUUUGUUGUUUCGGACUAUCGUGCCUUAUGCUGUGCGAUGAGAAUUUUUAGGUAUCAACGGUAACGUAGCGACGCAACGGAGCCACACUGCGCAUGCCUCUCUCCCAUCCACUGUCUUGAUUUUAGCGUACUUUAUGUACUAUCUGCGCGUAGCGAUACAUGCAGCUAAUUUCCGUGACGUCAUAAAGUUUGCAUUGGACUGUAAAAGGUUUCAAAGUUCAGACCCUCAAGUGUCAAAUAUAAAGCAUUUUUUUUUUUGAAUAUUUUUCUCUGUAUAUUACGAGAAAUUAUGUCCCCACUUUAACUUUAUGACAGCCCUUCGAAAAACAGUUAAAGAUUAAACUUUAAGGGCCUCUAACUUCAUUUUUAAGCGUAUCUAAGGUUGCCAUAAUGCUAAGGAUCCUUAUAACCCCAGGAACCCCAGGAAAAUAUCAAAAUCUUGUGUUUUUUUGUACUCAGACAUUUUAGGAUGUUGAUCCUUGCAACCUACUACCCUCCAAAGCCUCGUUUCAAACUCUAUAAUUGGCUACCAUAUUUAUCUAUGGUAAGAGCAUAGACUAAUUGGUUGAUUUACCUGUGCAGGCUCUCGUCGUAUAAUGAUCUUAAUAAAAAUAGACGCACAUAUUAUGAGCCUGAUAAACAUAUGCAUAUCUUUGCUAUGGUUUCUAGGGCUAGUUUCAUAUUAGUAGGGGAGCCCGGGAUGCUAAAUCUGCAGUUACUCGAGCAUCAUGGGGACCGAUUUGGUAGAUUAAAUUUAUAGGAAUAAUAAGUGGUUAUUUUCUUAUUUCGCUUUUAGCGGUGGAAAACGAAAACUACAGACUUUAAAAGCAAUUUUUAUUACUUUGGCUUACUGAAAUUGUCAGAAAAUUUAAGCGAUUCAUUAUCCAUCAAAAUGGGUAAAAAGUUAAUCGCGCUCAUAACUCGAAAACUAAAAUAUAAGGGUUUUAUUUUGUAACUUUGAAACCCUCCCAUUCCAUUAUGUUACACUCAAAUCGUCAGAUUUUCGACUCGGCUAUCAACUCACCUACAUUAUCUUAAUCUGACGUGCUGGUUGAGUAUUUCUGAAGUUAGUUUUUUUUUUUGGUUGCCCUAAACGUACCAAUAUUUGGUGGAGGUACUCAACAACGUGCAAGAUAUAGUCCCUUAUGUUUAUUUGCCGCGCUCGAGUAACUGCAAAAAUCCCCUCUUCGGCUCCCCUACUAUAAGGUUGAAUUGUGCUGUUAAACAACUGUUAAUAAAGUGCGCUUUGCAGUGUUGAAAUAUGUGUUGUAUGCAGCUAGUUAGGCUCGAGCUGUUUAUUUUAUGAUAUGGGAUCAAAAUAAAUCAUGCAAACACAGGUUUUUUGUUUUCAAAAUCGAGUAGCGACUGAUUUUUAUGCUGUACUUUGAUUCGUGCUCAUCUUCGUAAAUAUUGUGUGUUAAAUUAUAUUUUUUUGGUUUAUUAAAAAUUUCAUUUCUGUUAACAUUUUCCAAUGGGAGCAUAAUUUAUGGCAUUGUCAAUGAAUCUUCACAACAUGAUACACUAAGCAAAAAUGCCAUUAUUAAACAAAAAUACCCUAGCUAUUGCAUUAAGUAUAUCUCAAUAUUAUUUUGAUGCAUUCUUUACAACAAUACCUUGCAUCAAUUAAGUUAAUUUCUAUAUAUUAAUCGAACCCUUUGAACACCUUUUUGAUUUUACUUUGAUUAACACAAUUUAGUUAAAUACUUGUACUUUAUUGCAUUACUAGCGGACGCCCGCGACUUCGUCUGCGUGCAAAUCAAUGUAAAUCCUAUUUCACCACUUCGGGGGUUAAAUUUUAAAAUUUUUUGGAUCACAUUAUAUUUCGUAUUUUUUUUGUGAUUUCAUUCAUUCAUUCAGUAGUUUCAGCGUGAUGCCCGACCAAGAAAAUCACGGACAGACAAAAAAAUCGAAAAAAAAAACAUUUUUUGCUUCAGUAUCGAUUAUAUGUAUAAUGCCCUUCAACAAAAAUUUUCAAAAUAUCGUCAUUAAACAGAAUUUGUUACAGUUUUAUUAUAAGUAUAGAUAAACAAUCAGUGAUAGACGUAAGCGAAGACUAGCUGCAUUAAUAAAUUAUUAUAGAACUGACUUGUUAGUAGUUAAGGAAUAAAUAUAAGCCUAUGGUAAUAGUGUUUAGGUUCUUUUGUAAGUUAAGAAAGGACUAUGAAUUUCAUAAAAGUUUUUCUGUUUGGUGAGAGUAGAGUGUGCUUUAUUUUCAAAACUAUGUUAGAGUGCGCGCAAGAUAAUUUGCGCGUGGCCAAAGUCGGAACUAAUCAAAAGUGCCGCCAUCUUGUCGUCUAUCUCUAUCUAUCUUUUUGCGGGUAAAAGAGAUCACUAACGCUGGCAACAUAAUGCGCGCAAGAAUUUUGCGCGUGGCCAAAAUCGGAACUAAUCAAUAGUGCCGCCAUCUUGUCGUCUAUCUCUAUCUAUCUCUUAGUGGGUAAAAGAGAUCACUAACGCUGGCGACAUAAUUGCGCUCCAGUCGCGCGCACUUAUCUUGCGCGCACUCUAGUGUUGUUUUUUUUUAAUUUCAACAGUUUAUUAUAAUCACAAGUGCCCAAUUUUGUAUUGUUUCAAAAAAAAAAAACAUUGUUCUUGGUGAUUGGUCAAACAAUAAAUUGUUAUAGGUAUGUUCCUACAAAAGAUUUUCAAAUCAAGGGAUGUGAAAUUUAAAUACCUACAAAUAAUUAGUUAUUAUUAUGUAUGUUAUUCCUUAGUCACAUAAGAAUUCAUAUUUUUAUAAUUGCUGCUAAAAUUUUUAACUUAUCAGUGACAGUGAAAAAUUUACACAUUUUGUUUCCGUUGCAAUAACGGUCCACAUAAUUACAUAUUAAUUUAAGAACUUUCCUUUUGUGAAUUAAAAGAAAUACAUUUUUACAGACCCAG